UGUUUAUAAACCAUAUUCAUAGCUAGACAUAGUAAGCAGAGACAUUCAUCUUUCCAAAGAAUCCAAGAUAUACAUACAUAUAUAUAUAUAUAUAUAGAGAGAGAGAGAGAGAGAGAAGAUGGCAAUUGGGAUAAUGGAGGUUUUCCUAAUCAAAGCAAAAGGCCUUAAAGAUGCUGAUUUUUUUGGUCGUAUGGAUCCUUAUGUUGUGAUUCAAUACAAAGGACAAGUGCGCAAAAGCAGCGUCGCCAGAAGUGAGGGCAAAAAUCCAGUAUGGAAUGAGAAAUUCAAAUUGAGGGCAGAAUAUCCUGGUUCAGGCGAUGACUACAACCUCAUUCUCAAAAUCUUUGACAGAGACCUCCUUAAAGCGGACGACUACAUAGGAACUGCUACGAUAUAUGUGAGGGAUCUAUUAGCACUAGGAGUAGAGAGUGGAACUGCUGAAAUGCAAACCAACAUUCACAGAGUAGUUCUUCAAGAUCGAAGUUACCGUGGAGAGAUUCAUGUUGAUGUCACUUUCACCACUUGGGAAGAAGAUAAGAUUAAUGAAGAAGUGUUGGGAGGAUGGAAGAGCAGCCAUUUUUAAGAUCUCAAGCUCAUUACCCCGCCAUUUGCUUUUAUUUGUAUGACCAAAAAAAAAAAUAAAAAAAAAUUCUAGAGGAAGCUGUAAAAGAUUAGUCAUUGAAUGUAAUUUUAUGUUUGAUUUUCAUUAAAUGGGAAUUACAUUUACUGCGUGGUUAAUAAAUAAUAAACAACUUUAUAAACUCUUCAA